AGAGUAACACCCCCAUAACAAGGACAAAUAUAGACACCUAUUCUUAGCUCCGCUGUCCUCCCACAGAAAGAACACUCUGAGCUCUGAGUGCGAUGGGGGACAUGGAACAGUUUGAUCAGGACUUCUACAGCUCUGGGUAUUAUGUGGACGACCAGGCCCAGGCUGUAGCUUCGACCUACGACGACUGGGGUGGCCGCCAUCCUGAAUACCCUCAAAAUGGGACAGAGGCCAUGAUGCCGGGCAUUUUAGAUCAAUCUAUAGAGCAAAGCUACACAGGACAUGUCUUCCAGCCACAAAGGGGAGAAGCUGGGACACUAGGAGGCACAGAUGCAGAUUAUUAUGAAGAAGAGCCUCCCCUACUUGAGGAGCUUGGCAUUAAUUUUGACCACAUAUGGCAGAAGACCAUGACCGUCUUGAACCCGUUCAAACCGGCCGACGGCAGUAUUAUGAACGAGACCGACCUGACGGGCCCUAUCCUCUUCUGCAUCACACUUGGGGUCAACCUGUUGAUGGCAGGCAAAGUUCACUUUGGCUACAUCUAUGGAAUCAGUGCCAUGUCCUGUCUGGGGGUGUACCUGCUGCUCAACAUGAUGAGCUCCCUGGCCGUGUCCUGUGGCUGUGUGGCCAGCAUACUGGGCUACUGUCUGCUGCCCAUGGUGGUCCUCUCCGCAUUUGCAGUCUUUGUCUCUUUACAAGGCUACCUGGGGACUCUUUUAGCGUUGUUGGUUGUUGGAUGGUGCAGUAUGUCUGCUUCCAAGAUCUUUAUCUCAACGCUGGCCAUGGAAGAUCAACAGCUACUGGUAGCUUACCCUUGUGCUCUGCUUUAUGGGGUUUUCGCACUGCUUACUGUCUUUUAGAUGUUAAGUUUCUAGUAAAGGCUUAACCCAGUAACAUCAUAACAAAGUGUUCUAGCAGAUCACUUUGUGGAAAGUGUUGUUUUGUUAUUUGACGAUGUCCUUAUUCAUUUCUUUAACAUGCAAUUACAGUAAAAAACGUUUGUAUUUUCUGUCCCUGAAUGCUCAGGAGCUGUCAUUAUUUUGCUUGUUUAAAAAGAGUUUAGUAUUUCGUCAUUAUUUUUUCAAAGCAAGAUUGAUUCAGAAACUUACUUGGCUGAACUAGAAUAUAAUUCAAAGGCCCACAAUGCAACAUUUUUAGCCAAAAUUACAUUAAUUAUGCAGGUUGAGAGUUAUUCUGAUGGUUCUACAACCAUUCCUGGGUCGUUUGGUGGGUGUUUCAUUGCCCCUUGUCGCUUCUCCUAGGAAAAAGCGAAUAUGCCACUUGCUCUGUUCGGACCGACACAAUCCGGAUGUGACGCAGCGGAAGUAUCCAAUCACGCCUCGAAAAUGUAGUCAGAUUGUAGUUUCGCUUUACGGCACAGACACACCCCCAAACAUGGCACCGGCUAGAUAUAAACAGCCACUUGCGGCAAUUGUUGCAUUCAUCAUGGAUCAAUCAACUGAUAAGGGACCCAAGAGGCGACUGUCGGUGCUAUCGUUAUGUAUUAUGUUGGCCAACACUCUUACACUGAUUGUUCUGUUCAACCAAAGAUAAAACAAUUAUAAUCUAGGAUAAAAAUUCUCCCCGUCAACUAUAAGAAAGGAUGGAUCUAUGUUUAUUGCAAUACAAAUACACCAUUUAAAAAAUGUAUAA